AUGUUGACUUCUAUGAAAAAUGAGAACGAUCAACUGCGUGGGGAUCUCAACAAAUGGACAGAGAAAUUCGAAUCAUCUGAGGACGAGUGGAGAAAAAAAUAUGAUUUGUUAAGUCUGGAGUUUCAAGAACUGAAGUCGUGUCAGCGAAGAGCUGAAAGCAGGUGUGAACUAAUUGAAACUGAGUCUUCUAGACUUGAAACCACAAAGAAGGCGGAAAUAUCAGCUCUCCAACAGCAGCUCUUCAACGCUGAAACAAAAAUAGCUAUGCUGGAGGCAGAACUAAAAGCAUGCUCUCCAGAUACCUUGACUUCUCAGCCUGGUAAGAUUCAAACCCCCCAUCUCUCAGAUAUGGAGGACAAAGAGAACGUCUCAUCUACUGCUCUCGAACCACUACCAUCACCCAACAAAGUUGCUGAACUUAGUCUCCUCCGACGCUACUACACUUCCCAAGACACAGUCAAGAACCUGAGGUAUGAAUGCGAAGCCUUAACUGAGGAAUUGACUACCUGCAAGCAGCUCCUUUCCGCUUCGGAGUCGAAACUUCAAUUGGUGAUAGAUCAGUUGGACGCCGAGAAAGCCUCUCAUGCAAGGUGUUUGGCAGAGCGAAAUGAGAUUGAGCAGGCUCUGCAUAGCCGUAUCAGCGAUCUUGUGAGUGAUCGAAAUUGCCAAGCCAAUUUGAACGACAUGCUUUCGUCUCAGUUGACGCAGUUAAAGGAGCAUGAUGAGCGAAUCAAACAAGAGCAUCUUCGCCAGCUUGAGACAUUGGAUAGGGUUUCUAGUUUACAGAUGCUGCAGGACCGCGAACGUACUAUAUACGAGUUAUCUACUCUUGUGAGUGGCAACCAACACGACACUGGGGAUCCUCCGUCUCAGUGUUUAGCUGCUCCGGAGGCCAUGGCGUCUCUUGAUGAGGUGACGCAGCUCCGUCACGAUGACUCUUCGGCCAUAUUUGAUGCAACUCCAGACCAGCAGGUGGUUGACAACCAACCCGGUGACUUAGCAAAAUUAAAACGCGACUUAGCCUUACUGAGGGGUAGGUUGGUGGCUCAAGUUAAGGCAAAUACGCGGCUGAAGACGGCUUACAAUGCACUCUCACAUAGCAUGGUCAAAGCCCCAGUCGACCUCUCGCUGUCGAUCAAUCCCUCUAUUCCAGACGAAAGUGUUGCCAACCUCUCGCGGCUCAGCUUCACAGUGGGUGCUGGCGGUGAAGAAUCCGGCCUAGGACUGGACAGAGGUCUUUUUAACACCAGUAACAACAAAGCUUCUCUAGUGUUGAACAAGACAGUUUCCGAGUUGCAGGCUACUCUCAACAGACUUGAGGCAGAGAUAUCAGCUGUGGAGGUGCGUUUAUUUCUCUUGGUACUGUCGUCGAGUCAGGUAUCACAGUCUACAUCAUUUUCUCAGUCGGAGAACGACAAGGCAACUGCGGAGGCUCUGGAUGACACAGCCGCUGCGAUCGCAGCGGGAACUGCGUCAUCGCAGUCAUUGGAGCGGCUGAAGAGUCUACACUCCCUCAUCAGAAGCCUCAUUAACCAAUUCGACAACAUGAGGUUCAUUCAGCGGUCCUUCCACGAGACUGUGAAUCGCAGUCUCAUGGUAACGAGUCUAUGCAUGGAAGCGGGUACUCAAAAGGUUGCGUCCUCUCUGGUGCAAGAGGAAUCACAAAAUCGGUCCAUUCCACCAUCAUUCUUUUGUGCCGUGGGUGAAGCUGAGGUCUCCGCGAUUUUGCCGCCUACCAGGAAUUACGGUGAGUAUAAGGAGGAUGAAGCGAGAAAGGGGGUGACUGAAGUCCCACCAUUGAGUCAACACGAGAAUACUACCUUGAACCUCUUGUUGCCUCAUCAUUAUCACGACCGCCAAACAGAGAUCACCGACGAUCUCCCCGACAACUCAAUCUCUUCCUGCCUCAGUAUUGCGCUGAGCGGUCGUGCUGGGGACAUCUCUUGCAUGGAGGCGCAUAACCGGCGCGUCUUUGAUCGCGUCUCUCUUGCUGUACGUUCCUAUCACUGUCUUCAUCGAGACGUCAUAUCCCAUUCAUCAAUUCGCUUCUACUAUGAACUCUUUCCGUUUAAGGUGGCACGGAUCCAAGAAGCCAUUGAUGAGUGGUCGGUUAAGGCUGCCACUGAAGUGCUUAUGGCUCUUAAUUCACCUGAAGAUGAGGAUGCUGCAGUUGAUAGGUCUUCCACUGCAGCCUCCUCAGUGCCUAUUGCCGAGGUUGUUGAGCUGGUGACACGGUUUGCUAGCGUGGUAUUGCGAUCCCACACACUGGAGGCGUUGGAACCGAGUGGGCUCCUGGAGUGGCGAGACCUGGCGCUCAAGUGGUUCUCACUUCUUAUUGAUGCUUUACAGAAAGGAAAGCGAGGCGAGUUUGCCACCCUUUCUCUGUCUGAAAUUGAAACCCAGCUGGAGCUGCUCGAGCACCAAUUUAACGAGGGCUUCGCACAUCUGGAGGCUGUGUCGACUGACGUUUCUGCUCUUCGUCACGAGCAGCCAAAGUCAACGACAGCUAUGGCAGAGGCUCAGACGCCUCCAACGGCACCGAGCGUGCCAUUGGAGGAUCAUGAAGCGGCUCUGGCUAAGUACGAGGAACGCUGCGAGCAACUCAUGUCAGCUAACACCGCACUUCAGGCCACGUACGUACAGGUGUCGGAGGAGCUGGAGACAGCCUACCGUAAGCAUGCUGACUCCAUUGCCGCCAUUCAGGCUACCUCGGCGGCUAGGGAGGAGGAGUUUGCGAAAGUGCAGCAGAGCCUUAACCGGGCACAGGCCAGUGUAGCGGAGUUGGAGAAAAGAGUGGCUGAAUUGCAGGUCUCAUUAGCUGAGAACACGGAGCGCGCGUCCAGUCUAUCGGCUAGGUUGGAAGAGUCGUUAGACAACCUUUUAGAUCUUCAAACUAAGCUCACCGCCUCAGAGGCUCAGUUGAGUGAGGAGGCCAAGGCGCAUGAAGUGGCGAUGAAGGCAGUGGUGCAGAAGUACUCUACUCUCCUUGAGGUGGCCGAAUCGAAGCUUGCUAGUGGUAAAGUGGAUUCUCAUGCGUUAUUUGCUGUCGUAGUGAGGGAUUUUGAUUCUGUGCUGUUCUUCCAACCUCAUUGGUUCGUUAGUACCGCAGUUGGUAGUACUGUUAGGAAGCUGAAACCUCCGGAUUGUGGAGUAAUUCCCAUUGAACUCUCCUUUGCUUCCACUGUAGCCGAAGAUCAGUGCCAGCACCUUCUGGUCCAUCAGGAGGAGUUGAUGGUGGAGAUAGACACCAAGGAUGUUCGUAUCGUCAGUCUCGAGGCCGACCUUGAGUCAGUUCGCAUGACUGCUGCGGAGACACAGGUGGAACUGGAUACUCUCAGGCGUCAACUAAUGGAUGCGGAGAAGAUUACAGCUGCAGUUGCCACAAACACCACUACUGUAGCUGACGAUGAUAGUGGAGAGAUGGACGAGAUUAUGCGAGAGAAGGCUCGCAAGUACCCUGAGCUCAAGGCCAUUGCAUUCGAUUUGAAAGCAAGGUUGGCAAAGAGGGCAGAAUUGCUGGAGGCCUCAACGAAAGAAACGAAACGGUUGAAGAGGAUUGUGAUGGAUGAUGAGAGGCGUGCGAAGGGAUUCUUGGAAGAGUUGGAAAGGCUAAGGCAGCAGAUUUUGGUGAAGAAUGCACUGAUUAAGAAGUUGGAGAAAUUGGCUCUUUCCUGCCAUUCCAACGGUUCCUCCGCUGCGGGUGGGGGUGCUGAACCAUCCCUUCCCAAUUCUGCUGCAACGGUUCUUGGAAGCAGGGGAGGGAAAGAGGACAACGAGGCCAACGCUGGAACAAGUGCUACAAGAGGAGACGACGCCUCUCCACUAGAGGAUCGUCGAGGUGUGAAUGUCAGUCAGAGUCCGCAGUUCCAACUGCAUCCUGCGGAAGACAUCGCUGUUUCUUCUUGCCCAAUGAAUGGAAGCGCAGAUGAAGGUGAUGCUGAUGACGGUAGAAGGGGUGUAACUUUAUUUCGUGGGAGACGCUAUGCUCCUGUUGUCUCUGUUCCUGCUGUCGUCGGUACUGCUGCUAGUACUUCACCUGUUUCUCCUUCGAAGGCCUACUCCCUACCCCAGUGCGUCGAUGGGAUGAGUUCGUUGGUGGCUAAUAUCGAAGCAACGGUGCGCGAACUCUCCACUCGUUUGGAGUCACAACACAUAACUUCUAUAGCAGCGGAAGGGCAGGUGGGAGAGACAAGUCAACAAGUGAUAACUAGUGUGGAUACCAGCAUCUCCCUGAUGGAUGAACUAACCCUUCCCUCCACUACAACGCCCAGUUCCCUCUCUGUUUCCUUUCCUGAUCCGACUCAGCCCUUCGCCGCGAUUGCGGAUUUGCAGGACUACCUCAGUCGGUGUGCGGGUCAAUUGACAAGCCUCUUCGCUUCGCUGAUGCAACAGCUGGAGAGUCUACUUACCUCUGUCCAGGCGUCGAACACUGCUGGCGAAUGUACAUUGAGGGAUCAUGCGAGAGCGCGCAAACUAAUUCAUCACAGUCUGAAUCAUUUCAACGCACUGCUCAAUCGACAUCCAACGAACACACUGGUCUCUUAUGUAGUGGAAACGCUUACUCAGGCACUCCAUCUCUUGCAGCACACUGCGGCUGCAUCACCCACCACUCUGUCAGCUUCUCAUGGGAGCAAUGGCAGAGGAAAGGCGGCCGAACCAUCUCCUCCCGCUGUGGUCACAACGACUACCUCAGCUUGCAGCUGUUCAUGCCGCCGUCGGUGUGGGAAGAUGGCUGUUUCGGUACAGGAGCUGACGGCUCUGUUAACCAGCACUGCGAAUGUGAUCUCUGGACGUGGUAGUUAUGAAGUUACGGAGGUGGAGAGAGGGUCUACCACCUCGGUUUGA